CGCUGUACGCCUGCGUAGUGAAAUCAGGCGGCACGGUGUGACGUAAAACUCAGCGUCUCCGGGAAGUGCUGUGAAAUUGUGGCCUAGCAUUGAUUACUACUGCGCUUUCAAAAUUCUGCAGUUCUGGACAUUGUUACCUCCUUAUUUUCAUACAGACUCAUUGACAUUGUGAGCGUCGGAGAAUCACUGAAUCGCUUUAGUUUGAUGCACUAACGGUAAUGUAGCUUCUUGGUUAGCUUGCUAGCAUUUGUACUGCUAGCAAGAUCAGCAUUAAUGGCUAAUUAGUUAGCUUGCUGAAAAGCUACCUUAGCUACCCAGCUUGGUUUCUCUUUCUGUUCCUAACAUUUUUGUGCCUUACCAGAUCAUUGCACUAUACGAUUGCUGUACAAAGCAGAGAAGGCACAUGUUCAUGGUCAUUUUCUUUGAAUGUACUUUUGUUUAAACAGCUUGUCAUCUUACUUACAGCUUACAUUAAGACUUGUUGAAAAUCUCUUAAUGAGCUUGUUUAGUUGCAGUUGAGUGUAAUUAGCUUGUCCGAACAACAUAACAAGCUAAGGGUACUAGCCUAGCUAGUUAACUGGCCUGCUAGCGAAGUUGUGCGUGGACUAUUCCAUUUAGAAGUAACCUAGCUCUUCAGCUUGCUUAUUGGACGCUAGCCCAUUGCACAUCUACUAACGUCUGGUGUUCACGUCGCCUCUAUUUGAUUUGUGCGUUGAUUUAACAGUCGCCGUAACUAAAUAGAAAAAUCACCUAGCACCAAAUUACGCAUAAAUCUUGACAAUAGUUUUCCCGCUACCUACACAUCUAACGAUAGCGUUGCCCACGUAUUUAACGCGUGAUAAAAAUGGAGCCAUUUGUGUUAUCAUUGACAAAAAAGAUAUGUUAGUCAGGAACAAUUUAAGCAAGUAGCUAAGGUAGCAAGGAAGUUAUCGUAACUCUACUUUUCAAUACGCUGUAGAGACAUGAGCCACAGAUGUAAACCGGCACGAAAUUAGUGGCACAUAUAACGUAUCUAGUAACGAUGUAGCUCGCUACGGUACUUCACAACGCAACCUGGAACGUUGCAGUCGUAACGUUAUCUAAAUAUAUCAGCUCCAUAAAGUAAAACAAAUAGAUGAAUGAUCCAGGAAUUAUGUCCCAAGAGAAGAUGGAACUAGACCUCGAAAUACCAUCGUCCCUUGUCCAAAGCGACGGGCAUUUGAGGAGAUCAAACAGUGCUCCUAUGAUAAACGGCCUAAGUGACAGUUCACAGGUGUUCCAGAGAGAGAACCUGCGAAGUAGGAGAAAUAGCACCACUGUUGUCAACCGACCUAAUGUGAUUCCUUCCUCACCCAUCCGGGUGCCGAGCACCAGACUUUAUCAGAUUAAACAGGAAGAAGGAGUUGAUGUAAUGAACAGAGAGACUGCACAUGAACGGGAAGUCCAGGCUGCCAUGCAGAUGAGCCAGUCUUGGGAGGAGAGUUUGAGUCUGAGUGACAACGACUUUGAGAAGUCUUCAUCCUCAUCUCCAAAGCGGAUUGACUUUGUGCCUGUGUCACCUGCUCCAUCCCCUACUCGUGGGAUCCUGAAGAAGCAAUGUUUCUCCCCAUCCCUACAAAUCCUGGUGAGCAGCAAUGGCUUGACCCCCAGCCCCGUCCCAAGUCCAACACGGCGCCUGCAGACUGUCCGUAGAAGCCAAAGCCCCAUCAACUGCAUACGGCCCAGCAUCCUUGGUCCACUCAAGCGCAAAGGGGAGAUGGAAACAGAAAGCGCACCCAAGAGGCUCUUCCAGGGGACCACUACCAUGUUGUCCACAGAGGUGUCUCAUCUGCCAGAACUUGGCUCUUGCAGCCUGUCCUCAGACCUGCUGGAUGGCAGCCUCAGCAGUGUGGGUUCUUCUUCCGGCUCCCCAGCCAAGAUGGAAGGUGUGUCCCCCUCCCCCAGCGGCUCGCCUUUCACCCCCCUGCAGGAUCGCUCCCCCAAGUGAGCCAGCCGCAUGGACAGGCGGGCAGAGGGGGAGUGCUGCUGGGCAGCAGGAGAGGUUCGUUCGACCACCCCCCCCCCCGCCCCCACCCACCUCCGUUCCCUAAAACAUCGUCUCUUCAUCGCCCUCUCCGAGCAAGAAUGUUGUUGGGAGUUUGUGUUGAUUAUUCAUCCCUCCCAGCCCCUUAGAUCCUCAUGAUGUUGUAAGGGGAGGCUAGCGGUGAGAAACGGUAGUUUAUUUUUUGUAUGUAAAAAGAACAGAAGCAAAUCCAAACAGGAGGAGGGCACGUGUUGGAACACAGCGGCCAUGUCCGCAUGUGUGAGAUUACACAUGAACGCUACCCUCGCACCAGCUGCUAUAAUAUAUGGAUGUAAAAUCGGUGCUAAGGCCUAGCCCAGAGUGUUGAGGGUCAUCCACCCCUGCAUCGGUUCAGUACAGUGAGUCCUGCACGUUGAGAAGAGAGGGUGUGGGAAGGAGGGCGUAGAUGGUUUUGAUACAUAAUCUGUCUGCUAAAUGAGUCCUCUCUCAGUGGUGUACUAUUUUUUUAUUUUAUUUUUGUCUUGGAAAAAGUGAUUGUAAAAUCCCCUGUGGCGAUUAAAAAUCCAGGUCUGUCUUUGGACAUGCACAAAUCGCCAAAAUGAACUGUGUUGCUUAAAGAAAAACAAACAAACAAAAAGAUUUAACUUAUUUUGUUGUUACUUUUUUUGCUUUUGUUUUGUAAGUAAUGUGUAAAUAUGAUGAAUAUCACCUAUUAUAAUUAGUUUAUUAUUAUCCGCUCUGACUGAGGCAGAGCCCAGUGCUUGGCGAAUGGCGAAGCGACAAUUGUUCUCUAGUGGAGCUUUUUAGCACCUCAAUGUAACUGUAACUGCUUCCAGGAGAGCACAGAUGGGCAAGGGCCUGUGCUUUUGUCCACCUAAAGGUUCAAGCGUUGAAGAACGGGCCCUCUCUUGUUAUUUAGAUGUGGGUGGGGACUGACAGCAUCUUUAGGUGUGUGUGUGUGUAUGUGUGUGUGUGGGUGUGGGAGGGGAAUCCAUGUUAUGUUCGGAUCCAUACGGAUGUAGUCACACCACCAGUUGCAUUGAGCAAACAUCCAUAAAGAAUAUCAUUGUAAA